AUGGGUGCCGAAGAAAAGCAAUAUACAAGAUGGCUUCUUUCCGUCGGAACUGGGGAUAACUUCUACAGUGACGACAACAUUUUGCUACCAUCCUCUAUGUGCAUGACUACCGAAGAUGAUGUCAUCGAAUGGAUCUAUACACCCGAGCUCUUGAAUGAUUCCUCAAUGCUCGCGAGAGUUGCUUUGCUGACCGUGCGUAACUGCGACGUAGAAGAACUCAACAUAAAGGUGCUGGAGAAGCUAGCAGGAGAUACGGUUGAUUUAGUCGGAAUAGAUACACCUUCUGUAGAGGAGGACGGCUUGCAUGGAUUACCUUGCGACAACGCGGAGUACUUCCAUUAUAUCAUGCCUGCGUCAUUGCCGCCGUACAUUUUGCGGAUUAAGCCUGGCUCAAUUGUGAUGCUGCUAAGAAAUGUGGAUGUGUCAUCGCAGCUUUGCAAUGGGACAAGACUUGUUGUGAUAUCAUUCCACAAUGAGAACAAGCUCCUUCGUUGCAAGAAUCUGACCAAUGGCGAGGAUGCAUACAUACACAGAAUGAACCUUGAUUAUACUAACGAGAAGACCGGUGUUGUGAAAGGUCCUCAGCAUUGUUUCACUACAGUGAUUGCUGUCCUUUGCCCUUACUAUGGUUUGACUUUGUGCUUCUAUAGGACAUCUGCGACAAGAAAGCGUUCAGCUUAUGACGAUUUGAAAGCGUUAGUAAACCAUAGUGGUAGCUUAUCGUAA